CUAGUUCUUCUUAACAUUGUUUUGAUUGCGUUGCACGUGUUUUUAAAGAUUGUGUUUUAAAAGUGACAAUUCAGCUAUGUCGGACAAAUAUGCAGUACCCAACAAAUUACCUGGAAAAACAGUCUCUGUGCUGAAGCACCGCAAACGGAGGAUUAUCCAGGAUGAGGCGGUUGUCACACAAAGAACAAAUGAACGUAUCAAAAAGCGUGUGGCAGCCAAGAAACACCACAAAUUCCGACGUGCAGAGUCCUUUGUAAUGGGUUACCUUAAAGCUGAGAAGACGGCAAAACGCAUCAAACAAACAAUUUUGCGCACAAAUGUUACCACAGAAAGUGCCGCAGCUGCCAAGGAAGGAAAUCCAAAACUGCUCUUCGUGAUGCGGCAUGCGGGCAAGAAAAUUUUCGAUAAGACCACAACAGAAAUAUUCAAAACCCUGCGGAUGCCCUACCGUCACAAUGCCGUCUUCCUCGAGAACACAAAAGAGAACCAAUUGCUCUUGCGAGUCAUCGAACCGUAUGUGAUUUACGGAAAUCCAUCUUUGAGCACCAUUCGCGAACUGAUCUUCAAAAAGGGCUUCGCCCGUGUUAAUGGCAAGAAGGUCGCGAUCCAGUCCAACACAAUGGUGGAGGAGCAGCUAGGCGAGAAGGGCAUUAUUUGCUUGGAAGACAUCAUACACGAAAUCUGCACUGUUGGACCCAACUUCGCAGCGGUUAAUCAAUUUCUGUGCACUUUUAUGUUGUCGAGCCCCCGAAACGGUUGGCAGAAAAAGGUAUCGGUCUCAUUCAAGCGUGGAGGCGAAUACGGCGAUAGGGGAAGUGCAGUCAAUGAACUAAUAGCCCGCUGCCUGUAGAAAUCCUAAGCUAGUAGACCUUUAAGUGAUUGUUCGACCUAAAUACCCUAACUUGUAGCUAAGCCCAAUACAAAUAUAAAAAAAAAAAAAGAAAUUAUAAUCUAUAUUUUUGGA